CGACCGUGCCGGCCCCGCAGCCAGCAGAUUCAUCCAUCCAAUCCAACGCACGUCGCGAAACAGCAGCACCCAGCCGGCCCCCGGUUCCCGAUCUCAUCCCCCAUAAAUAAGCCCACCAAGGAAGGAAAUCGAAGCGCAUCGCAUAGAAGGCCGGCGAUGGACGGCGGGAAGAAGGGCGGCCGGGAGCGCAAGGCUUCGCAGGAGCGCAGCGACCGCAAGUCGGGCACCGGGAUGAGCGGCGACGCCAAGAAGGGCGGCCGCGGCGGCAAGUUCACCUGGGAGGGCGCCGACGGCUACACCGACGAGGACCUCGACCUCGUCGCCAACAGGGGCGCGGGGACCGGCGCCUCCGCCUCCGCCUCCGGCAAGAGCAAGUCCUAGGGGCUAGGGUGAUGAUGCCUCAUCCGCCGGUCGCUUUGCCGUCCGUCCGAUCCAUAGCUUUCUCAAUCGUGUCAGUUGCUGAAUAAUUAGAUCGAGCCGUGGCGUGUUUGGCAUGUAUAUAUAUGAUCUAGUACUUCCAGUCGUGGAGUUGCUAAUUAGGUGUUUGGAUCUCGCUCCUAACUUGGGUUCAACCUUGCCUUGCGUCUCUGUCAUCUUGGCUGUUCCUCCAGGGUGGAUUUCUGCUCAAAUCACCCAUGCAUCUGUUAUCGCCCGACAACACCUAUGCUUUCUUCAGUGCGGCGGUUCAUCCUAGCUUGCUUGUGGUCUACUAGUAGGAGUACUAUGAUCUCUGAACCAGCUGACCAGAAGAUGAAGAAGAUCCAUGGAGAUCACUUCUUUCUUA